GAAUUCCAUCUACCAGAAAAACUCCACCCUCUCAUCACCGUGGAGGAGUGGCCCUCCGUCCCCCAUUUCCCCCCAAUCUCUUCAUCAACUCCUCUCCAAAAUCCCACUCAAAAUGCCUAUAUUCACUGCAUCACUAGGCUCAGUUUCAAGAACCAACAUUGCCUUUCAUUCCCACCUUUUUGCAUGUGACAUUACUUCCCAGAAUGAUCAUCAUUAUCAUCAUCAGCAGCAGCAUUUUUCUUCUUCAAUCACAUCAGUCAAUGGAAGUAGGACGAACCCUCCUUCAGUUUUGAGGUUUCCUUUCUUCUCUGGCUGUUGUUCUGCAAAAAGGGCUGCAUUUUUUGCACCUAAAGUCUCAGUUUCUAGUGAUAGCGCUGCUAAAGCAGUUGGAGUUGAUCAGGAGCAAUCUUUGUCCCCGGAAGAUGUUAGACAAGAUCGGAGGUCUGCUGAUUGGAAGGCAGCGCGUACUUACAAUGAACGGGGACUCAUCUUUGAAGGCAGAGUUGAGGGCUUCAACGGUGGAGGAUUGCUGAUUCGAUUUUACUCUCUUGUUGGUUUUCUCCCUUUCCCUCAGUUGGGACCCUCACACUCAUGUAAAGAACCUAACAAGAGCAUUCAAGAGGUAGCAAGAGCUUUAACAGGUUCUGUAAUUCCUGUGAAGGUAAUCCAAGCAGAUGAGGUGAGUAGGAAAUUGAUAUUCUCGGAAAAAGAAGCUCUGUGGUCAAAGUUUUCUCACCAGAUAAAUGUAGGGGAUGUUUUUCAAGCGAGGGUUGGUUCUGUUGAGGAUUAUGGUGCCUUUCUUCAUUUACGCUUUCCAGAUGGCCAUUAUCACCUUACAGGUCUUGUACAUGUCUCAGAGGUGUCAUGGGAUUUAGUUCAAGAUGUAAGAGAUGUUCUGUCUGAGGGUGAUGAUGUGAGGGUUAAAAUUAUCAAUAUAGAUAGGGACAAAUCUAGAAUUACAUUGUCAAUAAAGCAACUUGAGGAAGAUCCACUGCUGGAAACUCUGGAAAAAGUAAUGCCUCAGGAUGCAUCAUCAAGUCCUGAUUACUCAGAAAAUAGCUAUGAAAUUGAGCCUCUUCCUGGCCUGGAGAUAAUAUUUCAAGAGCUACUGCAGGAAGAUGGCAUUAAAGAUGUGAAAAUCAAUCGACAAGGAUUUGAGAAACGAGUAGUAUCACAAGAUCUGCAGCUUUGGCUUUCAAAUGUUCCACCAAUUGGAGAUCAGUUUACGCUCCUUGCUCGAGCCGGGAGACAGGUGCAGGAGAUACUGCUCACAACAUCACUAGAUCAAGAGGGUAUUAAAAGGGCACUGCAGCGGGUGUUAGAACGUGUACCAUGACCGUAUCCUCGAAGAAUACAAUGAUACAGGCGUAAAAGUCCAGUAAGAACCAUGAUUGACUGAAACAAUAGAACGAUCAUCAAGGAAAGAAUUAUUGUUUGAGCAAAUUCACCAUAACUUUGUACAGGAGGAGCUUAUAUAAGAACCACAUUCUUGGCCUUUUUACCAACACAAGUGCACAAGGAUCUUAUGUAUUCAAAUGCUAUUUCUUGUCACUUGCAGGUUUUGUGCAUAUAUUUCAUGAGUUUGAGUAAGCUUAUCUUUUCUCCUCCCUCAA